GAAUAAGGAAACUGCAGUCAUGACGACUCACGUCACCCUAGAAGAUGCCCUAUCCAACGUGGACCUGCUGGAAGAGCUGCCCCUCCCUGACCAGCAGCCAUGCAUCGAGCCCCCACCCUCCUCCAUCAUGUACCAAGCGAACUUUGACACAAACUUUGAGGACAGGAAUGCAUUUGUCACGGGCAUUGCAAGGUACAUUGAGCAGGCUACGGUCCAUUCCAGCAUGAAUGAAAUGCUGGAAGAAGGGCACGAGUAUGCGGUCAUGCUGUAUACCUGGCGCAGCUGUUCCCGGGCCAUCCCCCAGGUGAAGUGCAAUGAGCAGCCCAACCGAGUGGAGAUCUAUGAGAAGACAGUGGAGGUGCUGGAGCCAGAGGUCACCAAGCUCAUGAAGUUCAUGUACUUUCAGCGCAAGGCCAUCGAGCGGUUCUGCAGUGAAGUGAAGCGCCUGUGCCAUGCCGAGCGGAGGAAGGACUUUGUCUCCGAGGCCUACCUAUUGACCCUGGGCAAGUUCAUCAACAUGUUUGCUGUCUUGGAUGAACUGAAGAACAUGAAGUGCAGCGUCAAGAAUGACCACUCUGCUUAUAAGAGGGCGGCACAGUUCCUGAGGAAGAUGGCAGACCCGCAGUCUAUCCAGGAAUCCCAGAACCUCUCCAUGUUCCUGGCCAACCACAACAGGAUCACCCAGUGUCUCCAUCAGCAACUGGAAGUGAUCCCUGGCUAUGAGGAGCUGCUGGCCGACAUUGUCAACAUCUGCGUAGAUUACUAUGAGAAUAAGAUGUAUCUGACCCCCAGUGAGAAACAUAUGCUCCUCAAGGUUAUGGGCUUUGGCCUAUAUUUGAUGGAUGGAAAUGUCAGUAAUAUUUACAAACUGGAUGCCAAGAAAAGAAUCAACCUUAGCAAAAUUGACAAGUUCUUUAAGCAGCUGCAGGUGGUGCCCUUAUUCGGCGACAUGCAGAUAGAGCUGGCCAGAUACAUUAAGACCAGUGCUCACUAUGAAGAGAACAAGUCCAAGUGGACGUGCACCCAGAGCAGCAUCAGCCCACAGUACAACAUCUGCGAGCAGAUGGUGCAGAUCCGGGAUGACCACAUCCGCUUUAUCUCUGAACUCGCACGCUACAGCAACAGCGAGGUGGUGACGGGCUCUGGGCUGGACAGCCAGAAGUCAGAUGAGGAGUACCGCGAGCUGUUUGACCUGGCUCUGCGGGGCCUGCAGCUUUUGUCCAAGUGGAGCGCCCACGUCAUGGAGGUGUACUCUUGGAAGUUGGUUCACCCCACAGACAAGUUCUGCAACAAGGACUGCCCUGGGACAGCAGAAGAGUAUGAGAGAGCGACGCGCUACAAUUACACCAGUGAGGAAAAGUUUGCCUUUGUGGAGGUGAUCGCCAUGAUCAAAGGCCUGCAGGUGCUCAUGGGCAGGAUGGAGAGCGUGUUCAACCAGGCCAUCAGGAACACCAUCUACGCAGCCCUGCAGGACUUUGCCCAGGUGACUCUGCGUGAGCCCCUGAGGCAGGCAGUGCGGAAGAAGAAGAACGUCCUCAUCAGUGUCCUGCAGGCAAUUCGGAAGACCAUCUGUGACUGGGAGGGAGGCCGAGAGCCUCCCAAUGACCCAUGCUUAAGAGGAGAGAAGGACCCCAAAGGUGGAUUUGACAUCAAGGUGCCCCGACGUGCUGUGGGGCCCUCCAGCACACAGCUGUACAUGGUGCGGACCAUGCUGGAAUCGCUCAUCGCAGACAAAAGUGGUUCCAAGAAGACCCUGAGAAGCAGCCUGGAUGGACCCAUUGUCCUUGCCAUUGAGGACUUCCACAAGCAGUCCUUCUUCUUCACACACCUGCUCAACAUCAGUGAAGCCCUGCAGCAGUGUUGUGACCUCUCCCAGCUCUGGUUCCGAGAAUUCUUCCUGGAGUUAACCAUGGGCCGGCGAAUCCAAUUCCCUAUUGAGAUGUCCAUGCCAUGGAUUCUAACAGACCAUAUCCUGGAGACCAAAGAACCUUCCAUGAUGGAGUAUGUCCUCUACCCUCUGGAUCUGUACAACGACAGUGCUUACUAUGCUCUGACCAAGUUUAAAAAGCAGUUCCUGUACGAUGAGAUAGAAGCUGAGGUGAACCUGUGUUUUGAUCAAUUUGUCUAUAAGCUGGCAGACCAGAUCUUUGCGUACUACAAAGCCAUGGCCGGCAGUGUCUUGUUGGAUAAACGUUUUAGAGCUGAGUGUAAGAAUUAUGGUGUCAUCAUACCAUAUCCACCAUCCAACCGCUAUGAAACGCUACUGAAACAGAGACACGUUCAGCUGUUGGGUAGAUCGAUUGACUUGAAUAGACUCAUCACCCAGCGCAUUUCUGCUGCCAUGUAUAAAUCCCUCGACCAGGCCAUCAGCCGCUUUGAAAGUGAGGACCUGACCUCCAUUGUGGAACUGGAGUGGCUGCUGGAGAUCAACCGGCUCACACACCGCCUGCUGUGUAAGCACAUGACCCUGGACAGCUUUGAUGCCAUGUUCCGGGAGGCGAAUCAUAACGUGUCUGCCCCCUAUGGCCGAAUUACCCUGCACGUCUUCUGGGAGCUGAACUUCGACUUUCUCCCCAACUACUGCUACAAUGGGUCCACAAACCGUUUUGUCCGAACUGCUAUUCCCUUUACCCAAGAACCACAAAGAGAUAAACCUGCUAACGUCCAGCCUUAUUACCUCUAUGGAUCCAAGCCACUCAACAUUGCCUACAGCCACAUCUACAGCUCCUACAGGAACUUUGUGGGGCCCCCUCACUUUAAGACCAUCUGCAGACUCCUGGGCUAUCAGGGCAUUGCUGUGGUCAUGGAGGAACUACUGAAGAUCGUCAAGAGCUUGCUCCAAGGAACCAUUCUCCAGUAUGUGAAAACGCUGAUUGAAGUGAUGCCCAAGAUAUGCCGUCUGCCUCGGCAUGAAUAUGGCUCCCCAGGGAUCCUGGAGUUCUUCCACCACCAGCUAAAGGACAUCAUUGAGUAUGCAGAGCUCAAAACGGAUGUGUUCCAGAGUCUGAGGGAAGUGGGCAAUGCCAUCCUGUUCUGCCUCCUCAUAGAGCAAGCUCUGUCACAGGAGGAAGUCUGUGAUUUGCUCCAUGCUGCACCUUUCCAAAACAUCUUGCCUAGGGUCUACAUUAAAGAGGGAGAGCGCCUGGAGGUCCGGAUGAAACGCCUGGAAGCCAAGUAUGCCCCACUUCACCUGGUCCCUCUGAUAGAGCGGCUGGGAACCCCUCAGCAAAUCGCCAUUGCUCGGGAAGGCGACCUGCUGACCAAGGAGCGGCUGUGCUGCGGCUUGUCUAUGUUUGAGGUCAUCCUGACACGCAUCCGGAGCUACCUACAAGACCCCAUCUGGCGAGGCCCACCACCCACCAACGGCGUAAUGCAUGUGGAUGAGUGCGUGGAGUUCCACCGGCUGUGGAGCGCCAUGCAGUUUGUCUACUGCAUUCCUGUGGGCACCAACGAGUUCACAGCAGAGCAGUGUUUCGGAGAUGGCUUGAAUUGGGCUGGCUGCUCCAUCAUUGUCCUACUGGGCCAGCAGCGUCGCUUCGACCUGUUUGACUUCUGUUACCACCUGCUAAAAGUACAGAGGCAGGACGGGAAGGAUGAAAUUAUUAAGAAUGUGCCCCUGAAGAAGAUGGCAGACCGCAUCAGGAAGUACCAGAUCUUGAACAAUGAGGUUUUUGCCAUCCUGAACAAGUAUAUGAAAUCCGUGGAGACAGACAGUUCGACUGUGGAACAUGUACGCUGCUUCCAGCCGCCCAUCCACCAGUCCCUGGCCACCACCUGCUAAGCAGAAGGUCUUGCAGGACCCCAACCUGCAGGAGGAGGAGAAGCAGGAGCGAGAACACCAUGGCCAGGCCACAGUAGGGUCUAACUGGACAGCCUGUGGGAUGAACCACAACCAAACAAGAGCCACCCCAAGCCCAUCCCCACCACUCCCAAGGGUGGGCCAGUGCAUGUUCUCCCGUGACAUCUCCAUGGUGGUUUCCAUUGUGCAAAUGAAAAAAAAAA